AUGUAUCUUAAUUCUACAAAUCAAAAUGAUUCUUCAGCAGAUAAUAUUUUUUUCAUUUUAUUAAAUGUUCGUCUUAUUGUGAAAUUUUAUAUCUGGCCAUUACUUGUUUUAUUUGGUUUAAUUGGUAAUUUUUUAUCAAUACUUGUUUUAACACGACGUCGUCUUAUACGAACAAGUACAAAUAAUUAUUUAACAGUAUUAGCUGUAUUUGAUUCAUGUUAUUUAGUAUUUACACUUAUAUUAAAUUUUGGAUCACAUUCAACUUUUUCGAACAAUCCAUUUACGCAAACAUUAUUAUAUUUUCUACGUCCUUUAGCUGAUUUUAGUUCAAAUACAGCAACAUGGUUAAUUGUUUGUUUUACACUUGAACGUACAUUAGCUGUUGCAAGACCAAUUUAUGCUAAACGUACAUGUUCAGUACGACGAUCACGUCAUUUAAUCUGUACAUUACUAAUUAUAUGUUUUUUAAUAACAUUACCAACAUAUUUUGAAAGAAAAUUUACACGUGAUGUGAAUAAUAUUGAAAAUAAGAAUAAUUCAUUUAAUGCAACAGAAAGAAUUAAUUUAGCAAAACAAAAAGAAUAUCUUCAAACAUUUCACCGUUUAUAUUUAAUAUUUAUUUGUAUUGUUAUUAUAUGGAUACCUUUGAUUUUACUUUGUGUAUGUAAUUCAAUUCUUAUAUGGUAUGUUCAUCGUUCUCGUCGUUUUGAUGUUGAUGUACAACCCAAACCAGCCGACGAAACAAAUCCUAUAACAUCAUCGUCAUCAUCAAUAAUAUCUAAAUCUGCCUAUUGUUCAAAUAAUUAUUCAAAAUCAUCAGUUUCAUGUUCAUCAAAUAUAACAAUGAAGAAUCCAUAUACAUUUGAUUUACGUCGUCAUAGUCGUUCAUAUAUACGAAAACGUAAAGUAACAAUUGUAUUAAUAUUUUGUUUAUUUGUUGCAUUAUUAUUAUGGACACCACAAAGUUUAUCAUUAACAUAUGAAACAUUAAUUGAAAGUUAUUCAGAAAUGUCACCUAAAAAUCGAAAUAUUCUACUUAUAUUUAAUAAUUUUGCCAAUUUAUUUCUUUGUAUAAAUGCAUCAAUUGAUUUUAUUCUAUAUUGUUUUUUAUCAGAAAAAUUUGCUCGAACAUGUCAACAAAUUAUUUGGCGUCAAUGUUCAAAUUAUAAAAUAAAUUCGAAAUUACAUUCACGUAUGGUAGCACUUGAUCGUGGAUCAUUUAUUGUAUCAAAUACAUCGAAUAAUAUUCAUCAUCAACAACAACAAUUAGCAGCAAAUACAACAAAUAGUUAUUAUACGCAAUUAUAUAAUUUUUAUAGUCCAUCGCAAAUAAAUUCAAAAAAUAAAGAAUGGAAAAAAAAAUUUGUUCAAACAUUAACAACAACAACAACAGCAAAUAGUAAAUAUGAUCAUCGAGUAUAUUAUCGUACAUCAUUAUUAGAGAAUAAACAAAAAAUGUUACAUACAAAAAAGAAAUCCAAUCAUCAACGUUUAGUAGGAUUUGAAAAACAAAUUGAAAUGUUAUCAAAUACAGAAGAUGAUUAUACAAAUAAUGAACUUAAUAUUUCAGUAAAUACUUCUCUUAGUUCAAAUAAACAAUCACAUUCUGACACAACAUGUCAUGUAUAA